AUGGUCACACGCAACUUCAUAGCGGCUCUUUUCGUCAUCGUGGUGGCAUUUCGUGUCGCUAAGCUUGAACCUGUAGAUAUCAUACUUGGCAGACGCAAUGUCAUAAUUCCACAGAAUGGUCACGUCAAAGUGAAGCGCUUUAAGCCUGAAGAAUUUGAACAACUGAAAAUGAACAUCCCCGAUCUGGUGGAACUGGUUGCAAAAGUGCAAGGUCGUCCACCGCCACCAGGCCAAUCAAUGCCACCACCACGCCAUUCUUUACCGCCAGACCCUUACCAGCCGGCUCCACAAUACCAACCACAUUAUCCUAGUCCCUCAUAUCGACAUCAUCCCCAACAUCAAGUUCCAAACUUUUCAGAAGCUCACCUAAUAAGAAAUUAUCGGAACCAACCACCAAUAAAUCCACAUUUUUCAGAGUUCCCUAAACAGGAAAAUCAUUCUGAACAAAUGUUACUACGGCAAUAUCAUCCCUUACCAUACUAUGAAUACACACAACCAAUCAACCGCCCGGAGGAAGCAGUUCGGGGCGGCACUCAGUACUAUCCAUCGGUACAUACACCGAACCAUAGUCACACCAGACCACAAGUAGCAAGAACAGAGAAUAACUUCCCUAAAAUUGCGCAUACUAGAGAACCUGACUUACAAACUAAAACUAUCAAUGGAAUUCACACAUACAAAGAAGAUAUUCCAAGAAGGCAAUCACCAACUUUCCAUCUCACCGACAGACGGAUACACAAAGAUAAAAAAAAUAAUCUUUCAACUAAAGAAAGCAACAAUCAUCAAGAGUAUAUCGCAUUUCAUGGAAACCAUUACGAGUUACCACCACACAUAUCCACGUGGUUACAUGACCACGAAAUUCUAGAACACAUUCAAUCUGAGAAGCCAGCUUCACGGAGUAAAACACGUUCUAAGAAUCCAUCGCCUUCCCACGGACCACGGCAGACAUUUGUCUAUAGAGACACACCAACCCAUAUGAGUAGAAGCACUAUACUUGAACUUACAGAAGCACCAAAGCUGGACAAAGCAUCUAUAUUGAUGAGGAAAAAAGUAACUCCUCACCUCACAACAAUGUUUAAGGACGAUAAUAUUACUUCAUAUCUCAAAUAUACAGUAAAAAAGAAUGGAGUUACUUCUCAGCCUACGUCCCUAUCCGUCCGUCCAUACGGGGAAAAUAUUGAAACUUUACGUUCUACAACAACAUUAAAGGAACAUGAAAUAAAUGCACACCCUGCAGGAACUACAACGGCUGAUGUAAAGAAUAAUGCAAUUGAGUAUCAUAGUACCUUAGCAUCAAAACAAGAUGUAUUGAUUCCAAGCACCUCAUCGGUAGUGUCAAAGAAUUUAAAGGAAGUCUAUACCACGCCGCACUCAGAAUUAACCACUAUGAAUUUAAACUUCCUUUCACACUUAGGAGAUAUCUUGGAAUCAAAAUCCAAAACACCGAAAUCAGACGAUCAAAGAACAGAUGCACAUACACAUUUAUCAUACAUACAAGAUGCAGCAGUUAAAUCUCAGAAAAUAUAUACAGACAUAAAAACGAAUGCUCCGGUGCUAAUCGAUAAUAAGAAAACACUUAUACUAGAUACGACAAGAAACAUUGAGACAUUUUCUCCUGAACAUGAUACAGUACCCGUACCAAAAGAUGCGCCAGAAGAAUUUAUAACAACGCAACCACAAAUUUCACAACAGAAAACAAACGUCCAAAUUAUAUCUUCACCCAAACAUGACAAGACAACAAACUCUCAAGAAACGCUUUCUUCUAUGGAAACGGUUGUACCUGUAUCAAUUACAUCAGAAGGAUUUCGAAUAAGAGAGCUAAAAACGGUCAUCCCACCUAUAUCUUCCACUGAGCAUGAGAUAGCGGCCAAUACUCAAGAAAAAUAUACUAGUUCCGAACUAGAUACAACAGAUAAACUUACAGAAAAUAUAAAAGAACCACGUGUGGAAGACUCAACAACUGUCAUCCUGACAUCAUCUUUCUUUGAAAAUAAUAUAGCAGCCAAUACUUCUCAAAUAUAUAAUCCAGAAAUAUUAUAUGCACAAGAUCUCCAUACCGAUGUUCCAGUUACUAUGUCUCCUGAACGUGGCAGAAAUUCAAAGAUUAAAAAAAUCGUCACAGCUUCAAAUGUCGAAGAAAGCGUCACCCAUAUUGUAAUGAAUGCGAGCGCACAAGAUAUACGAACAGAACCGCUUGUAAGAGAUUCAACAACAGCUACAUCCGAUUCCCGUGAGAUGUAUACCCAUGUGUCAACGGAUGCGCCUACACUGGAAUCGUAUACGAGAGACCCAGCAACAGAUAUUCCGGUUACAACUUCACUGGAAAACGAUACAAAACUAAAUACUGAAGAAAUAUCAAUAGAUGUAACUAUAACCACAACAACUUCUCCUGAACAUGAUACAACCACUGAAGCUCAAGAUAUUGUCGCCCUCACAAUAACAGACGAAUCUGGAUUAGAUAUAACAACAACAGAUGUUCCAACUUUCUUCAAAAAAAGCAAGACAGAAGACAUCAAAGAUAUAUUAUUUAAUGAAUAUGAUAGAACAACACCAUUUCGAAUAUAUGCAGCCAAAAGAUCGGAUGGACAAGCUAUAAAUUCGGCAACGGAAUCACAUCCACAAGACUCAGUAACAGAUGCUCCAACUAAAGAUGAUAUAAAUAUAAACAAUCUUGAAAGAAAUGCCAAUGUAUCAGCUAAUUCGCCUGCAUCAUUAAAUAGAUCGACAAAAACACUUGCAAAUAAUACAACAACUAACCCUGAAGAAAGAAAUUCUCAAACAGAAGUUAGCACAUUUUUAUUUAUGACGUCCACGGAAUCAGCGGAAUCAACGAAAUUGGAGGCAAGAACAAACUCGCAGAACAGAAAUUAUUCAACGUCCAUGAAUACACUAGUACUAAGUACAAUAGCAGAACCAUAUUCACGGGACAUAACUAUAAAUACAUCCAACAUUGGUCAUGUUGCUACGGAUGAAUACGUACUAAAUGAAACACGAGAGCUACAUAUACAUAACUCUCAAACGAAUACUCCACCGACAUCUCCUGAAAAUGAUGCCACAACUGAAACUGAAGACUUAUCUACGACAACGGAAUCACCCCAUGAAAGCACUGAAAGGGUCACAAUGCCGUUGUCUAUCAAGUCAUCUACAGAAAUGUCGCCGGCCUCACUAGUGACACCACAGAGUUCAACAGUGUUGACGCCGUCGCCGUCCCCAUCACCUCAAAACAAAACCACUGAAAUAGAUGUUGGUGCAGCACCAAAAAGACGUACUUGUUCAAGGAAAAAAGCUUGCGGAGGCACCGGCAAAUCAGCAGCGACGGGCAAGCGCCGGCGCAGACGUAGGCGGCGCACCACCCGCGCGCCUCAGAUCUCGUACCCUACUCCUGCACCAGGCAACACAUAA